AUGGCACUCGCUCAGCUCUGCCUUAGAGCCCCCAAAAUCCUCUCAAAACUCCAUGGGAUCAAUUCUCCGCUGGUCCAUCAACGCACAGAUGUGACCGAAAAGGAAAAGAAAGGUCAUUCUUCACUUUCCGCAGGCGCAAAGGCUGGAAUUGGGAUUGGUUCCGUCGUCGAGGGAUUCGCGCUCAUCGGAGCUGUCUUUCUCCUUUGGUCUCGCCGCCGCCAGAACAGCCGGUCUCCGUAUUCUUCCAAGGGAGACUCUUAUGUCAGGAAUCUUCAGGACUACGAGCUUAGCUCCCGCUGGAAUGAGGUGGAGCUCGUCGGGGAGAUCUUUUGUGUGCUUGUAAUUUGCCGGGUUGAAAGCAUUCUACUGUUGUUGUUUUAG